CAUAUAAAUACUAUUUCAUCAGUUAUAGUUAUACCAUUUUAAUUGUUGGGUUUGGACCAAAAUUUGAUGACAUGUAAAUAGGAGCUUGUGUAUAUUUCUAUAACUCUGUUGAAACUUCACCCGGUUCUCUUUUGACCGAAUACUUACUUUGAUGCUGUGCUUCAGAUGCGUCUUGACACCAGGGGACCCUUACAUGCCAUUUCCGAAUGAAGAAAUCAUAAAGAGAGUAGCAAAGCAGGUUUCAGACUUAUUCCCCUCAUCCCGAGGUUUAGAAGUUACUUGGUCAUCUGUUGUCAAAAUCGGGCAAUCUCUAUAUCGUGAAGGACCUGGUAAAGAUCCAUCCAGACCUGAUCAGAAGACACCUAUAAAGAACUUCUUUCUGGCCGGAUCUUAUACAAAGCAGGAUUACAUAGAUAGCAUGGAAGGAGCGACUUUGUCUGGAAGACAAGCAGCAGCCUACAUAUGUGAUGCUGGGGAAGAGUUAGUGGCACUGCAAAAGAAGCGUGCUGCUGCAAUUGGAUCUCAACAACAGAUUCCUGAUGAGUUAAGCCUUGUAUAA